AUUCUGAUUGAAUCUAGCACUGCAGCGAUACAUUUUCGUGGUCCACAAAACUUUCUCCCGUCCAAUCGCCCCUGUCCACUUUGACUAGGGCUUUAAGAUCCAUGUAUACUGGGAGUGCUGGAAACUUCAUGCAAACGAACUGUCUCGAAUGAUCACUGUCUUGAGCUGGGGCGAUCAUGGAUUCAAAAAGCCCUGGUACAAGGUCAUCACGACGCAUCCUGAGAUCGGAGGAUGUCAGUGAAUCCAGUGAAAUAUCGGGUGUUGCUCUCGAAUCACGUUAUUCAGGAUCUAUUAGCUCCCGGCUUCGGAAUGUAAACCGCGACGAAUCGAGCGAAAAAGAGGCAGAUGGAAGAGUAUUAGAGAGCCUUGAUUUAUAUGUUGCGAUAGCGGAUUACAUUCCCGGUCCGGAAGACCCAGACGGACUGGCCGUCAUCGAAGGGCAAGUUGUCGAGCUGUUGGAUGCCGCGAAUCCUAAGCGCUAUUUGAUGCGGACACGCCCCGUCAGGCAUGUGGCAGUCCGACAGGGCUGGAUACCAUCCAGUUAUCUGGAGAAAAAAUCUGGCGAGAGUAAACGAAAAACACGGGAGCUACCUGAUAUAUCCAAAGUCUCCGGGGAAUCAAAGGAAAAGGAAGCAUUAGCGAAGCGGGACGCUGUGAUCAAAGACAUAAUCGACUCCGAGCGUCAGUACGUUCAAAAGUUAAAGUUCGUGCUGGACACGUACAUUAGGGCACUAGACAGACCGUCGGUCCCGGAGAAUUUGCGGGGGGAAAGCGAGAUAUUUCUUAACUGGAAGGAAUUGUGCACCUUUCAUGAAACCGUCUUGCUGCCGGGACUUGAAUUCUGUGUCGAUGAACCACAAUACUUGGAGAAGACAUUUUUGAGGCUGGAGCGGGACUUCGAUAAGUUGACCACAUACUGUCGCGAUGAACCGGAGGCUCAAAAACUUCUGUCUGAAUCACCAGAACUCUUGGAAUUCCUCGGUAAAAUUACCCCGUUCGGCAGUUUUGAAGAAGCGGAGAAAAACAUUUCCGAUCUGCUGCAGUUGCCCGUGCAGCGAGUGGCCGAAUAUCAAAAUUUCAUCAAAGAGAUGAUCAAGUACACCUCCCGUGCCAAGCAAGAUGUUACGGGGCUGCGCAAGACGCUAGAUAUGCUGUUGGGUGUGCCUCAUCGCGCGCAGGACAUUGAACUGCUCAAGUGCAUCAAAGGUUACCGCGGGAAUAUUCACAAACUUGGACGGAUUAUUCGCCAUGAUCCCGUAAUUAUAUGGGAGGAUGCCGAUCCGAAAAAGAAAGCUAAAGAUCGACAUUUGUUUCUCUUCAAAGACCGGAUAUUAGUAACAAAAAUGGUGCGGGCCGAAUCGGCCGGCGGAUCACCACCCCAGUUCAAUAACAAAGGAGUAAUUCAGCUGUUGAACAUCGAUAUCCGAGAUUUACCUGACGAGGAUGAACGGAACUUCGCCCUCGUGGACCGAUCGGGAACAGCUGGCGGUGUUAAAUUUCAAACCAAAUCAGUUAAUGUUAAACUGGCUUGGGUCGGUGAAGUGCGCAGCCUCAUCAAGGGUGGUCUAUCUGGACUUCCAAUGAUUGAAGUCGAUGACCCAGAUCGGUCCACUUUCAGUAAUCUGGCCCGUAGUAAUACGGAAGAUUACGAAGAUCGUUCGCGAUCGGGCAUGGUGGAUGUUCGCAGUCAUACCACGAAAACUGAAGCGCAAACCAUGGAAGAAAUGGUGCAGGACAUGCAGGGCAAAUAUCUGCGAGUAAUGACACAAUCACUGACACGCGAGGAAGAGUAUCGGGAGCUGAAAAGUAUAUCUGAAGAUGAGUAUUUUUCACUGGAAUCUGAAACUACCCCUUCCACUUCGUCCUAUUUCACAGCUCCUGAGUUUGAAGACGGAACUACAUUACCGUAUAUGCGGAAAUCGACUGAACGUAUUUCUUGCGUUAUUGGUGAAACCGUCAAAUUUGAUUGCCGAGUAUGUGGUAAUCCUGUUCCGGAGGUCAGCUGGUGGAAGGAUGGCAAAGAAUUGGAGGCUGGGGAAAAGUACGAGUUCAAGGUGGACGGACAGAUUUAUACGCUUAUUAUCCGUGAUACUAUGCCGGAAGAUAGAGGACUGUAUACUUGUCAAGCGCAUAAUAAAAAUGGAACUGUUCGGUAUCAUCCCGAAUUGCUGGUUCGUGGUGCUUUUCCUACGGAACUUAUCGACCAGCACAACUGGGAAUUUUUUCAUCGCCGUUCUCAUUCCGUUAUGGAUGUGGAAUCCAUCACAUCGGAAGUGGCCAAUCAGGACGACUUUGAAGAUCACGAACGAACAUCGGCCAAACGAAAAGACGAGGAUAUGGAUUUACCCGUAGAAGACCGGAAAAGACUGCGGGAGGAAGGAUUAGAGGAGCAACCGAAACGCCGACAUGGCGACAACGCGCCGCCAAAACUGCAUUUUGUACAUUUUGAGGAUGAUACAUUCACGCUGAAGCCAAAAGAGACGCUGAAAAUUGAGAUUCCGUACGAAGGCAAACCGAAACCCAAUCUCAAGUUCACUAAAGACGGCCGACCACUUCCAGAAUCCAGACAUUACCAAGUCGAAGAUGCAGAUGAGACAGCGCGACUAACAGUUUGGGAAGUCAGUCCAUCUGAUGCUGGAACAUACUCCAUCAUUGCCGAAAACCCGUAUGGUGUGGACAAGGUGGAUAUCACAGUGGAAAUUCGUGGCCUGCCGGAUGCGCCGAGAAAUUUCAAAGCAUCUGAAAUUACUCCGGAAACAUGUAUGCUCAAAUGGGAUAUCCCGGCUCAUGACGGGGGUAACCCGAUUUUGCGGUACAAUAUCGAGCGACGUGGCGUUGGCCGGAAAACAUGGCAGCGAAUUGGCACAACGAGGGAAACACAUUUUGAGGCCGAGAAUUUACUGGAAGAUCAAACCUAUGAAUUUCGAGUCGCCGCUGAGAAUGCCGUGGGCGAGGGCGAAGGAGCCGAACUGCAGGAACCUGUUGUUGCGAAAUACACGUUUGGUCCACCUGGUCCCCCGGAUACACCCGUCAUAUCGAACAUGGCCAAUCGGACGUGCACAGUGUCCUGGCAGCCACCAUUGGCCAAUGGGGGCUCACAGAUUGUUGGCUACAUACUGGAACGGCGCCAUUCAAUUAGCCCGCGCUGGGUAAAAGUCACCAACGAUCUAAUCGAAUCAACGGAGUUUGUUGUGCCGGAUUUACUGUCAUCUACUGAAUAUGAAUUUCGCGUAAUUGCCCUCAAUAAAGCUGGAGAAAGCCAACCUAGUCAACCGAGUCGACCAGUAAAAACACGCGCUUGGAGCGUUGCCAGUGAAGAAGAUGAUGCGAUGAGUGGAUCAGGAAGGGGAUUCCGACCCUCAAUGGAACGCUCGAUUAGCAAUGCAUCUCUGCUUGAUGAUGACAAUGUUUUCCGCCGGACGGACUCGGUGUUAAGUGGUUCGAGAGAGUCCAGCGUCGCCCGUCGGAUCGUAGAGCGUCGGCUCAACGGUGACCGGUCUCCUGAUCUGCGCCGAGAACUGUCGUUUCAGAGAGAAGGCAGUUACGGAUUCGAAGGGGAAACUGUGGAAGAGCGCAUCGAACGACGUAAUCGUAUACGCAGUCGUGCAAGUCAGUCUAGUCAAUUGGACGAGCUUGAAAAGAAAUUCGCGGCUGAAGACCGCCAGAUCAAAACUCAGCGUAGUCGUGAGGACACGUUUGCGUGGGACACGAGUACCGCUUCCGCAGACCGAAUGCGAGUCAUACCGGAAAAGCGGAGUUUCGAUGAUGUGCAGUCGGAUACGGCGCUAGAGAGAAAGGUUCCAUACACGAAACGGGCGGAAUCCAAUCUUAGUUUCGACAGCGAAUUUUCCAGUGAAUUCGCCAAGGCUAAUGGAGAUUUGAGCGGUAUGCCUGGAGCGGUAGUGCAGGAGGACACAAUUUUUGUAGAGAAAGGUCGAUCUCUUCACAUAAAUAUUCCUUUUUUCGGAAGCCCGACUCCGACAGCCGUAUGGAAACAUAAUGAGACACCAAUUCAUGAAUCGCCUCGCGUUCGGAUUGAUACGCUGGGCAAUGAAACUUCGCUUAACGUCCGACAAAUGGGCCCGGAAGAUGGUGGCGUUUAUUCAUUGAUCUUGGAGAAUGAAACAGGAAAACUGGAAGCGCAUAUCAAUGUUAAAAUCCUAGACGCCCCUUCGGCCCCUCGAAAUUUAGUUCCUGUGACUAGCACACCGGAUUCAGUUACUGUACGAUGGGAUGAACCUGAACAUGCGGGAGGUGGCCCAGUCAUCAAUUAUGUCCUGGAAAAGCGCAUUAGCGGUCGCAAACUGUGGCAGCAUGCUACGGAAACGGCAGCUACAGAAGCCACCGCGGAUAACUUAUUGGAAGGCCAGGAAUAUUAUUUCCGAGUGAAAGCCGAAAAUCGUUAUGGUGUCGGACCAGAAGUGGAAACUACGGAACCAGUUGCUGCUAAGUGGCCAUUCAACCCACCCGGCCCUUGUGCUGCACCCGAAGUCAGUGACAUCCGCAAGUCAUCGGCAAUAUUAUCAUGGGAGCCGCCAGCUGAUGAUGGCGGCAGUCCGGUCACCGGGUAUUUCAUCGAAAGGCGAUAUGCCGGAGCGCAGCGCUUCAUGAAAAUUACACAUGAACCAGUGACUAACACCGUUUUUAUGGUAACGGAUCUGGUGUUGGGAUUUGAUUACGAAUUCCGAAUCAUCGCUAUUAACCAAGCAGGAGAAGGUCUGCCAGGAUCUUCUUGUUCGCCUGUCAAACCAGCAGAAACGCCUAACGAAUACGCGCCGAGAAAAUUACCGGAAGGUAAAAAGAUUGUGCAAGAAAUCGAAGAUGUGGAAAUGACCGAAUACCGGGGUAAAAAGCAUGCACUCUUGGAAGAGGAUAAAAACCUCGUGGUUAGACAGCAAAAGGGCGCUGCUGAUCGGGCCAUGUCAGAAAUAGCAUCCACCGUUGACGAUGUCGAGUCCAUUCGAGAGGAAGUCUCGAUCUCUGAGCGCACUGAUACUGUUCGUAAAGUUAUCGGUAAACCUCAUACUCCCAAACAACCCGGGGUCGCUGAGGAAGUCGAAACAGAAGAUCGCUCCAGACUGUCAGCUAAAAAACCAAAGAAAACGCGUGCUCCAACUGACGACGAUGAAGAAUUUGAUGAGAUUUCUGAAAUAAGUGAAAUAACGGAACAUAUCGAGCGACGUACCGUUAGGCGCACGAAAGCGAAGCCGAAAAAGGUCAUGGUGGAUAUCGGCACUGACGCUGCACCCUUCCAGCAACCACAGUUACGACGCCCAGGCAAAGAUCAGAGGAUGAUUGCUGUUAAGGAGGAAGAGGAUUUAACACUGGAAGUUCCGUACACAGCCGCUCCUAAGCCUGAAUUCACUUGGCUGAAGGACGGAAAAGUGUUAAAAGAUUCAAAGCAUGUACAGACUGAUUCAACCGAAGAACGAGUAAUUAUUACCGUGAAAGACGUCAGCAAGACCGACGCCGGACGGUAUACACUGAUUGCGGAGAACUUUGCUGGAAUCGAUAAAAUUGAUAUUGGCGUUCAAGUUUUAGGCCCGAAAGAAACCAAAGAAUCCGCUAUGAUGACGGAAUCAGCAGAUCAGGCCCCUAAACUAUUCCUUUCGAAGAAAUUCGACAAAGGCACUCAAGUAGAUGAACAUGAGCCGUUGGUUCUGGAAGUGGCUUACAGUGGUCAUCCCGUUCCCAACAUAACCUGGAUGAAGGAUGGCAAAGUUUUGACAGCGACUGAAACGGUUACGACGGAAGUUACAGAAGAUAUCGUCCGACUGGUUAUUUUGGACAGCCGCACAAAAGAUACUGGAACGUACUCUAUACUGGCGCAGAAUAAACUUGGCAACGAUAAAGUCGACAUCGGAGUGAAAGUCAUAAAACACGAAGAGGUGCAGGUGGAUCGAGAAGUACGCCAGGCGCCGAAAGUACAAAAACCUAAACAGUACAGUAAAGCUGUACACGUGCAAGAAAACGAAGAUAUACGAAUCGAAGUUCCAGUCACUGGCACACCGAAACCGGAAGUCCAGUGGCUGAAGGAUUCUAAGCCGAUUACUCGGGAUCAACGAGUGCAGACUGACUUCGAUGAAGAGAAAGCUGUUCUGACAAUUGAGAAAGCCACCGCAGCUGAUGCUGGUACUUAUACGUUGGUAGCAGAAAACGAUGCCGGUGAAGAUGAAGCUGAUUUUGAAAUCCAAGUGAUCGAACGGAAGGAGACUAUUACGAAGAUUACCCGGACGCGUAAAGCCCCAAAGAUUACAAAGCCAGCCAAACUAGAUAAGCCAGUUCAGGUCAAAGAAAAUCAAGAUGUGGAACUAGGUUUGCCGUUCACGGCUGGACCGGAUGCAAAAGUGUCAUGGCUUAAAGACGGAAAACCAGUUACGGAAUCCAGGACUGUACAGACCGAUACAACUGAAGAGUUUUCUAAACUAGCCAUUAAGAAAGCCACGAAAAAAGACGCUGGAACAUACACAAUGAUCGUCCAAAACGAAGUGGGGGAAGACAAGGUCUCCAUUGGAGUGGAAGUGAUAGAAUCCACGCCGGAGCCGCGCGCGGUACCAAAGCAUGCCGAAGAACUAGAAGCUCCGAAAAUUCGACGACCGUUGAGCUAUGAAAAAGGCAUACAAGUGGACAGCGGGGAAACCGUUCAGUUGGGCCUGACUUAUUUCGGAAUACCAAAGCCGGAAGUGCAGAUUUUCAAAGAUGGAGUGCCUGUUCGACCAGAUGACCAUUUGUCUUUCAGCAUAGAUGCUUCAAAAUUGACACUAAAAAUCUCCGAUGCCGAUGCGGCGCACUCUGGCACUUAUCGGAUAGUGGCGGAGAACGAAGCAGGAAGUGAUGACACUGUGAUAAAGAUCGAAGUUAACGAAGUGGAAACCAAAACCACGAAAGGCGGCCUGAAACCACAGGCUAAACGACCAGUACGAGAAACCGAGGAAGAAGAGGAAGUCUCGCGUCACGAAGAAACAAAGACAACCACAACAACGAAGACCGAACACGUGAAGAAAUCACCGAAACCCAAGCGUCGCAGCAGUGUUGUCGAAAGCACAACGGUGGAGACAACCUCCACUGUCGAUGUUGCAAUGGAAGAAGGAUCGGAUGCCGAAGAAAUAUCUCGUAUUGAAGAAAUCCAUGAUACCAAAAUCCGUACAGUCGUAACUGAGAAGCGCGUUAGAGCGAAAAAAGAGCCAGUCCAAACGCGGGACGAGGAAAUGGAAACCGAUGAAAUGGAGGCAACAGAAGUGUCUCAUGCCGCUACCAGUACCGACCGAGCCACGUUAGUGGAACGCGCAUCAAGUCCGGUUAAACAACCGCAGAAACCAAAAAGAAAACCCAGUGUAACUACAGACGAACAGGUGGAGGAAAUCGUGGAAACCGUUACAACCGAAGUGGUAACCGAACGGUCUCGGCGCCCGUCAGUCAAAGAAGCAGCUGUCCCUGUUAAAAUGGAAAUUGAGCAGAAACCAGCACCAAAAAAGCAUAAACCAGAGACUGAAGUCAGAGAAACAAAGGAUGAAGAGGUGGACGAAGAAUUCGUGGAAACCAAGGUAACGAAAACAACCACCACCAAAACACAGAAACCAAAACCAGUGCCGACACCGUCAGAGACAUCGGAAGCUCCAUCCAUUCCGGAAGACGAAGACAUCGAAGAAACAGUGGAAACCAAAACCACAACAGUUGUCACCAAGAAAGGAGAGAAACCAACGGUAACCGAAGUGAAAACGGUGACUGGAAAAGGCGAAACUGCAUCGGUAGGCACUGAGACGAUCGAAAAGCAUCCCAAAUCCGUUUCUCAUGUGCGAGAAACCACGAAAGGAGUAACGAAAAAGGUGCACACCGAAACCUUGCCCGAGCGACUUAUCGGAGAGCCAGUAGAAAUUGCGGAAGCCGAAAACAUCGAAGAAGUCGUGGAAACGCUGACCACCACAGUUACGACGAAAAAGCCUCAGAAACCAAAGGUCACCGAUGUAGGAGUAUCCCCUAUCACAGCCGAAGAGAAAGAUGUACCAAGACUUAAAAAGCACCCGAAACAGGAGGAAGAACUGCCAGUGGAAGAAAGCUUCGAAACGCUGAAUGAAAGAAAAACCGUCACGACCGUUGUUACCCGUAAAGGAGAAAAGCCUGUUGUCAGUACAAUAACCACUGACGCGGCCAAUGGCGAUAUAACCGUCAUCGAGGAAACUAAACCCAAAGUGGCCCAAACUAAUUUGACAGCGGAGAAAAUCCACGAAGCAAUCGUUAAAAAUCUUCCGGAAAGACCCGAAGCUGAGUCAGAUGAAGAAGAAGAAAUUGAAGAGACGUAUGAAAAGAGAACGGUAACGGUGAACACGAAAACGCUACACAAGGCCCACAUCACGGACGAGAGUGAAGUGUCUCAAAAAGCCGGUUUAGCAACAUCUGCCGAUACAACUGCUCGAGCAGAUAAAUUUCAGCUGUUGAACGAGGAGCGUUUUAUCGAAGGCCCCAAAGCCGAGUCCGAAGAAGAGAUCGAAGAGGCUGUAGAAAAGAAAACGACCAAAGUAGUCACUAAAAAAGUGCAAAAGCCGCAACGGCAGGACGUCUUGCACCAACCGGACAUUGGGCAAGAAGAAGAGGUUUUGGAAGAAGUUGUGGAAACGACGGUAACCACCACGACCAGCAAGCCUGGUGAAAAACCGGUUGUUACUGAAGUUACCACUGUGACGCCCACUGUCAAGCCCAAAGAGAAACUGAUGCCACAAGAAUCCAUCGAAGCUACGGAAGAAAGUGUGGAGGAGGUACUGGAAACAAAGACUACGACAACUACCACGACGCGAAAGGUGCGAAAACAUUCGGUUACGGAAGUUCCUGAAAUAGCCGACGUGGCAGAGAUCGAGGAAGAAAAACCCAAGCCCAAGCCGGUAGAAAAACCUGAACGAAGAAAGCGACCUGAUACGGUAGAAAGCAAAACUACAGAGACCCAAGUGACGGAGGAGAGCACUAAGGUAGUAGAAGAGAAACCUACGGUCACGAAACCCGAAAAGUCCAAACCGGCAGCUGUGAGCCAUAAGCCCGAUCACGGGGAAUACGAGGAAAUCGCCGAAACGAUAACUGAGGUGGAAACCAAGCGAACAACACAAGCACAAAACCCGGUUGUGGAGAAAGUGCAUAAACCCAGCCGAGCAGAGGAGGUUAGUUCCGAUGAAGAGUUCGCAAUCUCGGAAGAACUGCCCAAACCGAAGAAAAAGUCGCCUGCAAGAAGCCCUGAGAAGACGGUUGAGAAGAAACCAGUAAAAUCACAACAGCCACGUUCGCCAAGCCCUGAGUUGGAAGAGUCUGAAAUAAUUGAAAUCACCGAAACAACAACAAAGGUCACUUCGAUUUCGAGCACAAAGCCGGAGAAGACCCCUCGGCAACCUCUAUCCACGAAAGAUAAGGAAAGUUCACCGGAAAAGCCCGCGAUUACGCAAAUGAAACCAACAGUGAAACGACCAGUUCGCGAUGAAGAGGAAGAUUUCUGGGCUCAAAUAGAAAAAGUGGAAGAAAUCGCGAUUGGAGAAGUUGCAGAAAGGCCUAACCAACAACCUGCAUCGAAGCCAGAAACCGUCGAUGUUGCCGAAGAGACGACCGUGGAAACUAAAACUGAGACUGCCGUUGAAAAAGCUCCUCGAAGGGAGCGACCGAAGAAAACAGAACAACCGGCUAAAAAGCCAGCGGCUGAAGAGGUUGAAGAGACCGAAGUUAUCGAAGAAGUAACUGAAAGCAAGGUCGUUCAAAAGAGCACUACUACCCCUAAACCGAAACCUCUUUCCGAAAAGGUUGCAAAGCCAGACAAGGCUACAACUGUCGAAGAAGAGGAAGAGUGGUAUCCGGGGAAGGGUGAAGAGGUCACGCCUAAGAAAAAGCUUCCUGUAAUCGAGAAAACAGUCGAAACAGAGGAACAGUUGUUAAAGGAAGCGCAUAAGCUUGGCUUAAUAGAAUCGAAAACGCCCAAGGCAAUCGAGGUACCUGUUGUAGAUACCCAUCCUUUAUCGGAGUUCUCGGCGCAGGCGGACUCUGUUAGCACGAAAGAACGGCAUGUUACUGAAGAAGGUAUUUUAGAAGAAGUUGAGACCACUACGACCAGAUCCCGUUUGACCCGUGAACCCCAACCCUCAGACAAACGAAAGGUCACGGAGGUGGCCGAAAUGGGAACAGACACCAUUGAUAAAGUUGUAGUCGAAAAACCCAUCGAAAUAUACGUAAUAGAAAACGAAGCGGGUGAAAAAAUAGAAAUUGAAGUUGAAGAGCGCAACGGAAAAUUAUUCGACGUGAAAACGGGAAAGGAAGUCGAGAUAGAAGGAUACGAAACCGUAAAAACAACGGUCGAAGAGUUUGUUGAGGAAUGGGAAAUGGAAACCGUCCAUGAAACGGGUAAAGAACCAGCAGUGAAGGGCCGUAUGGAGCAGAUAUACAAAACGACAACAGCAACGGCCGAAGAAGGUGGCGUAGAGCAAGUGACGACCGGAAACAUCAAGCGGAUCGAGUAUACACAAGACGAAACCGGCAAGCAUGUGGUGGAAAAGAAUGAACCAAUUGAAGAAAAGCGCGCACUACUCGGUCCAGAAGCGAAAAAGCUAAUGCUCGAAGGGAAGUCUGAGGUAGAAGAAGGUGUUAUCGAAGAAACGAAAGAACGAACAAAACAAGUGCGCCGGCGCCGCCCUGAUGGGACACAAGAAGAAGUUCCAGAAAUGGAAGAAAAGACAAUUGAGAAAAAACGCACGCCCAUGGAAAGUCGGGUUGUUGAGACAACGGAAGAAACUGUUACGAAUACGACGGUUACGGAAGAAACCGAUCAGCCAAAAAAGCCCGGAAAGAAACCAGCGCCCAAGAAGCAAAACGCGGAAGAGGUGCCACAGAAAAUAGAAACAAUCGAAAUUGAAUCAGUCACGGAUACCAAAGUGCUGCUAACUUGGGAUGAGCCAAAAACAGCAAAACCGGUAGAAUAUGUUGUAGAAAAGAGAAAGGAAGGCAAGCAAACGUGGGUGGAAGUAAAGACUACUAAAGCCACAGAAAUGGAGAUAACGGAUCUGGAGGAAGGCACCGCUUAUGAUUUCCGUGUUACUCCGGUGAAUGAAGCGGGAUCGGGUGAGCCAACAACCGUGCCAGAAGCCGUCCACACGAAAACCAAGCCGCAUGCGCCUCAAGCCGUUCAUCUGGCGGAAAAGAAAAAGACGCCAACAAUUGAGUGGAAGAUCCCGGAAGCUGGCGAACAGACGGGAUGGAGCGACAUUGAGAAAUUUGUCGUAGAAGAAAGAGCCGUUAAGGACGCGGAAUGGCAUACCUUAACGGAACUGCCGAAAACAGAAACAUCCUUCGAAGUUCCGUUUGAGACCACCGAAACGUUGAAAGAGUUGCGUGUUGUUUCUGUGAAUGAUAUCGGCGAAAGUGAGCCGAGUAAAGUGGUCAAGGUAGAGAAUCCUAAAGCUAAAGCCACACGCCAGCGAAAACCCACUACACAGGCUGAGAAUUUAGAGGUUAUAAAAGUAACGGACUCAACGGUGGAAUUAUCAUGGGAAGAACCGAAGGAAGCGACACCGAUUGACCAACUAGAGUACGUGGUGGAAAAGCGCACUGUCGGUCGAAAAGUGUGGACUAAGGUGGCUACGACAAAGGCCAGAGAAUUCGAAAUCUCUAAUCUCAUCGAAGGCGAGGCGUACGAUUUUCGUGUGACGCCACAGAACAAGCUGGGUCUCGGCGAGCCGGCAACCACAGAAGCUGUACAGCUGAUUAGUAAGCCAGAAGCACCCGUUUCUGUUCACGUUGCGGAGAAAGUGGAUACUCCGACCAUUGAGUGGGAUAUACCAAAGGUCGAUGAGAAGAAGAAACCGGUUAAGCAGUUCGUUAUCGAAGAACGGUCGGAAGAUAAUCCUGUGUGGCACAAAGUCGCCGAGGUGCCUGCCGAUGAGCAAAGCUUUGAAGUGCCUUUUGGUUCGGUUGAAAAAGAAAAAGAGCUGCGGGUUGUCUCCGUUAACGAAGCGGGAACGAGUACUCCUAGCAAACCGGUCUCCGUUAAAAAUGUCGAGAAGCCGCUGCAUAAACCAAAACUAGAAGCGCAGCCUCAGCAGCUGGAGGUGGUGAAAGUUACAGACACCAAGGUUAAUUUAUCCUGGGAAGAGCCGGAAGAUGUGGAAGAAAUAGAAGAAACCGAGUACGUUGUGGAAAAGAAAACCGUUACUACGAAAAAAUGGACGAAAGUGACAACCACCAAAGACACUGAAGCGGAAAUCGAAGAUCUUGACGAAGGUGAGCAGUAUGAGUUUAGGGUCACUCCUAAAACCGCCGAGAAGGAAAGCUCGCCGAUCACCCUGGCAGAGCCGGUGCAGAUGAAGACCAAACCCGAUGCUCCAAAGAAAUUGGCUGUCGAAGAAACGGAAGAAACUACCACAGUGGAAUGGAAAAUAGAGGAAAGCGAUAAACCUGGUCAAAUGCCGAUUGAGCGCUUCAUCAUCGAAAAACGCCCAGCCAGGACAAAAAGGACAUGGACUAAAGUUACAGAAAUGCCUGCAAAUGCAGAGUCCUUUGAAGUGCCAUUUGAAGAGGACGAAACGGAGAAAGAAAUCCGCAUAAUUGCUGUGAACGAAGUGGGAGAGAGCAAACCCAGUCAGACGGUUACCGUUCAUAAACCGGAAAAGUCACAGACUGGGACCACCACCAGUGUUCAGACAACCACUACCAAAACAACAACCACGAAAACUACUACCAAAACGACUUCGGCAAAGCACGCGGAGGAAGGCGAAAUCAGUGAGAUACCGGUUGAAAAGCCGGAAGCACCGUCGAACGUACGAGUGCUUGAAUCGGCGGAUGUACCAACGGUGAAAUGGGAAGUGGAGACCACCGAGCAACCCGUGGAAAAAUACAUAAUCGAAGAGAGAACUACGGAAGAGAAAGCUACUUGGAAGCGCAUCAAGGAAGUGCCAGCGACCGCAGAAGUCGCUGAAGUGCCUUUUGAAGAGGAUGUUCCGGAAAAAGAGGUUCGGAUUGUUGCCGUUAAUGAGGCCGGAGAAAGCAAGCCCAGUAAAGCCGUUAAAGUAGCCAAUCCGGAACAACGCGGGAAAUCUAAGACUGUUAAGAAGACGACGAAGACCACUACAACUACUAAAACAACUACGCAUGUCGAGGACGAAGGCGCCACAACAGAGAAAGUUGUUCCCGAGGAAAAACCGGUCAAGAAAAUACCGGAGGAAACUGAGGAACUUCCGGAAGAAGUGGAAACGCCAAAGCCUAAGAAAGCCGAGCCUUUGUCCUCUCCGGAGAACGUGCAUGUUGUGCAGUCUACACCCGACAAUGUCAAGCUGGCAUGGGCAGCGCCCAAGAGUGACGGUGGUAGUCCAGUUCUUGGCUAUAUCGUGGAGAAAAAACGGUCAGAGCGAAAAGUGUGGCAAGCUGCUACGGAAACAACCGAUGCAGAGUGCGUGGUGGAAAAUCUGAUCGAAGAUGCAAAAUAUGAUUUCCGGGUGACAGCAAAAACUGCCGAAGGAAUCAGUGUACCCACUGAACUGGCCAACGUGGUUGCUCGAUUUUCAUACGAGGCUCCAGCGGUACCGUCCAAACCGCGCAUCACCGAAAGCGGACCAAAGGGAGUUACGAUUGAGUGGGAAGCCGGGCCGAACGACGAAAAUGUUCCGGUAGACGGUUACAAUGUGUCCGUCAAAGAAAAGGGGUCUACUCGAUGGAGGAAAGUGACGAAGAACGUUGUCAAGGAUACAUCCCAUGAAAUCACCGAUCUGAUUCCUGGUUCCGAAUAUGAAGCGCGCGUAACUGCCGUUAAUCCUGCUGGCGAAAGUGAGCCGAGUGCUCCCUCAGACCUAUUCAAGGCCGGAGAGGAAAAGAAACGAGAAAUACCACAACCCGAAGAGGAGGAAGAAGAAAAACCCAAACCCACACGAAAGCCUUCCAAAAUGCCGGAAGUGACAAAGGCAGCUGGCACACCAAGCGCUCCAGGAAAGCCGUUUGUGGUUGAUGCCACUCCCACGGAAGUGACACUGGAAUGGAAUGAACCGGUCAAUGCAGGUGACAGUCCGAUUAAAAGUUAUAACGUCCUCAUUCAGGAGAAAGGCACCGACACUUGGCAGAACGCCACCGAAGAACCCGUACUCCAACCCACCGUGGUCAUCCAGAAUCUGUCACCGGAAAAGGAAUAUUUAGUCAAAGUGGCCGCAGUGAAUCAGUCUGGCGAAGGCAAGCCGAGCGUGCCUUCGGAGACAUUCGUGCUACCGGCGAGCGAAGAGCUUGAGGAAACCGUUCCUGCAGAAAAACCGCCAAAACCCUCGAGAAAAGCGUCUCAGCAGGAAGAAAUUGCUCCAGUGGAAGAUCUCCAUGUACUCGACUCGACACCAAAGUCGGUCAAACUGGGAUGGACUGAACCUGAAACAGAUAAGCCUUUGGUUUUUGCUGUUGAGCACAAGCCGAGCGACACGGAAGAAUGGAUUUCCUCGGGACAGACCCCUAAAACGGAAAUGGUAGUACCGAAUCUGACACCCAAACAAGCGUAUGACUUCCGUGUGACCCCACAAUCCGAUGACCUCACUGGCCAGCCGGCGGAAAUUCAUGAUGUGAUCCCUGGCAAAAAAGCAACAGAAAUACCGGCGGCACCGGGACAACCGAAGGUAACGGAUGUGACGCCGACGGAAGCAACGCUAACGUGGGUGGAGGGCGAAUCUGAUGGAGCGUCCCCGGCUGACGGCUAUAACGUAUACCUGCGCGAGAAAGGCACCAAGCAAUGGAAGAAAUCCACUAAACAAUUAGUGAAGAAAAAAUCCCACUCUUUAACAGACCUGGAACCCGAAAAAGAAUACGAGGCUCAGGUUACCGCGGUGAACGAGGCUGGAGAAAGCCAACCUAGUCCAGUAUCCAAACCGUUCCAACUAACGCCCGAAGAAGCUGAAGUUGACACUGUUCCAUUGGCGCCGAAAAAUCUCCAGGUGAUUGAAGCUGCCCCAACCGGAGUUAAACUGAGCUGGAAGGCUCCUGAUGACACGGGCAAUAAGCCUGUCACCGAAUAUACCGUCGAACAAAAACCUUCUGACAGCAACAAAUGGAAACCAGUUGGGAGCACUGCUGACACGGAACUGACCACUCCCAAGUUGGACGAAGGAAAAUAUGACUUCCGAGUGAAAGCGACGAAUGAGAUCGGCCAGUCCGAACCAGCGGAAGUCAAAGAUGUCAAGGUUGAGGGGAAACCGAGACGCGCUACGAUGCAAGUACCGGAUGCCCCUGGCGAGCCAGCAGUGACGAUAACCUUCCCAACGGAAGCAAAGGUUGAAUGGCCGGUGUCCACAGCAACACCCACCAAACCGGUGGAUGGAUACAACGUUCACCUCCGAGAAAAAGGGAAGAAGACUUGGAAAAAGGUUACGAAAAAAUUGGUGAAGACCAAUGAAUUCACGCUGACUGACCUUUUGCCCGGAGAGGAAUAUGAAGUGCAAGUCACGGCCUUUAACGAAGUGGGAGAAAGCGCGGCUAGUCCAGUGUCAAAACCAUUCCUUUUGCCCAGUGAAAUUGUUUUAAUCGAAAUUCCUUCUGCCCCGGGUGAACCCUCUGUACAGCCUACUUCCCCCACAACCGCCGAAAUCGAGUGGUCUGCUCCCGCCGAAGUCGAUACUCAGCCCGUAGAUGGCUACAAUGUGUACCUUAGAGAGAAAGGCAAAAAAACCUGGAAGAAGGUCACCAAAAAGUUGGUGAAGACAACCACUCAUACAUUGACAGACUUAACUCCAGGACAGGAAUAUGAAGUCCAGAUUACUGCUGUUAACGAAGUGGGUGAAAGCGAGCCUAGCCCCGUCUCCCAACCGUUCACCCAGCCCGCGGAAAUCGCGGAGACUAAAUCCGUCCCUUCGUCUCCCAAAAACCUUCAGGUAUUAGAAAUAUCGCCCGAGGGUGUCAAACUGAGCUGGAAGGCACCCGAUGAGACCGGCGGUUCACCUAUCAAAGAAUACUUGGUAGAACAGUCUCCGUCAGGCAAAAAUGAUUGGAAACCUGUUGGUACUACUUUGGAGACAGAAUUAAAAACUCCUCGCUUGCCGGAAGGAAAUUACGAUUUCCGAGUUAGCGCGAGAAACGACACUGGACUUUCUGAACCGGCAGAAGUAAAUGACGUGAAGAUCAAACCGGCUAAAAAAGGCGUCACGGAAGUACCUCUUGCCCCUGGUCAACCCGAAGUGAACCCCACCAGCCCUUCAGAAGCUGUCGUCGAAUGGCCGGCGUCAACGGCGACACCCAAUCAACCGGUUGAUGGGUAUAAAGUGUAUAUUAGGGAGAAGGGAAAGCGAGCAUGGAAGAAUAUAACCAAGACGCUGGUCAAGACCACGCAACAUACUUUGACUGAUCUGAUGCCCGGUCAAGAGUAUGAAGUACAGGUUACGGCUGUGAAUAAAGUGGGCGAAAGUGAACCCAGCCCCGUUAGCAAACCCUUUGUCCAGCCCACCGAGAAAACAGAAAUUCAAACUGUUCCGUCGGCGCCACGCGAUUUUAAAGUGGUGGAAGCGGUUCCGGAAGGCGUUAAGCUGACAUGGAAAGCACCAGAAGAUGAAGGCAGUAAUCCUGUGAAGGACUAUGUUGUGGAAGAAAGACCGAGCGGAACAACGAAAUGGAAGCCGGUUGGUACCACGGUGGAUAUGCAGCUGACCACGCCUAGCCUGCCUGAAGGUCCACAUGAUUUCCGGGUGAUGGCACGGAACGAAAUUGGGCUCUCAGAACCCGUGGAACUCAAGGAUGUGGAUGUAAAGAAGUCCAAAGCUGAAAUGGAGGUCCCUGUUGCCCCUGGUAAACCCUCGGUUAGUCCUGUCUCGUCAACGGAGGCGACGGUGCAGUGGCCUGCCGCUGAAGCAACACCAACAAAACCCGUGGACGGUUACAAUGUUUACCUAAGAGAAAAGGGCAAGAAGGAGUAAAAAGUAACGAAGAAACUGGUUAAGAAAACCGAGCAUACCAUUACCGAUUUGAAGUAUGGACCCGAGUACGAAGUUCAGGUGACCGCCGUUAACGAAGUGGGAGAAAGUCAGCCAAGUCCACUGUCCGAUGCGUUUACCACCAAGCCAGAAGAAACGGUGCCUUCAGCUCCUAAAAACCUGAAAGUUUUGGAAGCCACAACGGAAAACGUGGCUUUGAAGUGGGAGGCGCCGGAGUCCGACGGACAUUCACCGAUUGUUGGUUACCUAGUCGAAAGAAAACCCAAAGGAGAGAAGAACUGGUUGCCUUUAGGAGAAACCGUUGAUACCGCUUUUAACGUGCCAAAAGUUCCCGAAGGGAUAUCUGACUUCCGGGUUAUUGCGAAAAAUAAGCACGGCAAAUCCGAGCCGGCCGAAGCGAAAAAUGUGGAAAUCAAAGGAAAACUGAAAGUACCAACGGCUCCUAACAAGCCGACCUCAAAGGUCACCGAGACGGAAGCCACAAUCGAGUGGGAUGGCCCGGCAGCCACAAAAGAAACUCCGAUCGAUGGCUAUCAUGUUUAUGUCCGAAAAGGAACGAAAGCUUGGAAAAAAGUGACCAAAGAUCUGACCAAGAAAAAGACGCAUGUGCUGAAGGAUCUAAAACCAGGCACUGAAUAUGAAGUUCAAAUCACCGCAGAAAAUAAGGCCGGGGAAAGCGAGCCCAGUCCAGCGUCCGAUGGAUUUAUGCUGAAGCCAAAAGAAGGUGUUCCCACUGCUCCGCGAGACUUGGAAGUUGUCGAAGCGGUACCUGAUAAUGUAAUACUUAAAUGGAAAGCCCCGGAAUCUGAUGGAAAUUCUCCAGUUACAAGCUAUGUCAUUGAAAAGCGCCCCAAAGGAGAACGUUCAUGGCGUCCUGUCGGAGAAUCACCAAAAACCGAAUUCACCAUCCCUAAAAUUGCAGAAGGCACGUAUGACUUCCGGGUCAUGGCGGUCAACAAGCACGGACCCUCUGCGCCAGCGGAGAUUGCGGAUGUUAAUGUAGCAGCUAAAAUGAAACUUCCAGCGGCACCGGGUAAACCCGAAGUGACUGACAUCACCGAAACUGAAGCGACUAUUACCUGGCCGCCCUCCAAAACCGACGAUAAAUCGCCCGUCGACGGCUACAAUGUAUAUCUCCGAAAGGGCUCGAAGAAAUGGAGGAAAGUCACCAAAACUCUUUUGAAAACUACAACCCAUACACUGGACGACUUGAAACCGGACGAAGAGUACGAAGCACAAAUAACCGCAGAGAAUGAAUGUGGUGAAUCGGAACCCAGUCGACCGUCCGAUGCGUUCAUGCUCAAAAAGCCUGUUCGAAAGGCUGUGCCUUCGGCGCCCGAAAAUCUGCGUGCUACGGAUAUUAAGCCAGAAUCUGUGAAGCUAGUCUGGAAAGCUCCAGCGGAUGAUGGAGGAUCACCCAUUACGGCUUAUGGAGUAUUCAAACGACCAGCAGGAUCGGAAGAUUGGGAGGAGAUUGGCGAAGUGCCGAUCACUUCCAUGACAAUCCCGCAGCUGGAAAGUGGUGCCACCUAUGACUUUAAAGUGGUUGCCAAGAAUAAACACGGCGAAAGCGAGCCGGCGGAGCUGAAGGAUGUGCAAACCAAGACUACCAUCAAAGUGCCAUCGGAGCCUGGAAAACCUACGGUUGAAUGCACAGAGACAGAAGCGAAUAUUGAAUGGACCGAGCCGAAGACCGACGGUGGUGCGCCGAUUCAGGGCUACCAUGUGUAUAUCAGGGAGAUCGAAAGCACUAACUGGAAAAAGGUGACAAGAACACUGGUUACCACGAAAAACUACACCUGCCAAAACUUGGUUGUUGGAAAAAUCUACGAAGUACAAAUAACGGCAACUAAUGAUGCCGGAGAAAGCAAGGCCAGCGUUCCAAGUGACCAGUUCUUCCUAAAGAAACAACAGAAAGGUCCACCUUCUCCUCCUACCAACCUUCAUGUAACGGACGCUUCCCCUGAAAACGUCAAAAUUGCGUGGUCUCCACCGGAAAGCGAUGGCGGCGCUCCUAUUACCGGUUAUCAAAAAAAACGCCGUACGGGCCGCAAAGCAUGGCAGGAUGUGGGAGAAACUGCCGAUUUGACCUUUACAGUUCCUGGCUUAGUCGAAAAUAGCAACUACGAUUUUGCGGUAUUUGCCGUUAAUAAGAACGGCGCCAGUGAACCAGCUGUUUUGGAGGACGUUUACGCCAAGUAUUCCUUCCGUGUGCCAUCGGCGCCGGGUCAACCAAAAGUAGUGGAAACCACCGAGACUUCUGCUACCAUCGAGUGGACACCGCCGGAAGACGACGGCGGUGAGCCGGUCGCCGGUUACGACGUCUAUCUUAAGACGCGUACGUCAACACACUGGCGAAAGGUCACUAAAACCGUCACUAAGCAGACCAAAUUCACUCUGGAAAACCUGGAAAUGGAUAUCGAAUACGAAGCCCGAGUAGUGGCAGUUAACAAGGCUGGAGAAAGUGAGCCGAGUAAGGCGUCGGAGCCCUUCAAACUGACUAAGCAACGACCAGCCCGCAGAGAUUCGGUUAAGGGGGAAACGACAGAAGCACCUAAAGGUGCAACGGACACCACGGAACCUGAGAAGAUGGAGAAACCGUCUUGUCGUACUGAUCAGGAUACUCUGGAGGUGGUGGAAGGCGAAGACGCUGAGUUCGUUGUUGAAUUCACCGGCAAACCAACACCAACCAUUACAUGGAAUAGUACAGCCGACACCUUCCAAAACAAAACCAGAUUCGAACUGAAGACCACCGAAAAGACUACCAAAUGCACUAUCAAGCACUGCCGGUUAGAAGACACCGGAGAAAUUCUAGUUACCUUUAAAAACAAAGCGGGAAAGGCCGAAAUGCCACUGAACCUUAAAGUGAAACAGGCCGUCCAGGCUCCUCGAAUUUUUGAUUAUCCCGAAGUAGUCGAAGCACAGACUGGAGAAAAUCUGUCCAUUAUGGUGCGAUUCGAGGGUGUCCCAUAUCCAGACGUGGACUGGUUCCAUGCCGGCAAGCCUGUUAAAGAAACCCGCAGAGUGCGCGUGGAGAGCCUUCAAGAUUACGAAUCUCACAUUGUUAUAAAAAAGGCGGAACAAUCUGACGUUGGAUCGUAUCUUGUCCGGGCCACCAACUCCGAAGGAUCUGCUGAAGCGACGAUAAUUUUAAAACUGUUAGGCGUCCCAUCGGCACCAAGAAAUCUCAAAGUCAAGGAAAUUGGCCCAGAAAAAGCGACAAUUACCUGGGAACCACCGGAAUCCGAUGGAGGAGCCCCGAUUCAGCGGUACAUUGUGGAGAAACGUUCGGCCGGCCGUGUUACGUGGUCACGUGUGGCUGCUACCCAAUCGCUUGAGCAAGAAAUUGGGGAACUAGCGGAGGGUAAAAUGUACGAAUUCCGUGUGGUGGCUGAGAAUAAAUACGGGCCCGGAGAGGGGGCGGAAGUGGGACCAGUGCUGGCUGCUUUCACAUUCGAUGUUCCUGGCCCCCCUGGAACGCCGGAAUGUUUAGACACAACGGAAACAUCCACUAAUUUAGCCUGGGAUCCGCCCGAGACUGACGGUGGCAGCCCGAUACUGGGAUAUCACAUUGAACGGCGAACCGGAAAGGUCGGACGAUGGUCUAAAAUCAACAAAACACUGGUGACGACGACGAAAUUCAGCGUAACGGAUCUGGUGGAAAGUGAGACGUAUGAAUUCCGCAUUUUGGCGGAAAAUAAAAAAGGCGUUGGGAAGCCGAGCGCGCCGUGCUCUCCCAUGAAAACUUUAACUAAACCCAGGAAACCCAAAGCCGAUACGUCCAUUAUUGAACCUUCCGUUAGUCAAGCCCCAGAAGCUAGCAAAGCCGAAAAAGAAGAUGAGCGUACCGUGGACGACACGAUCGGCUCCGAUGUCGAUAUGGAGGAAGAGGAAGCAAUCCCGGAAGAUGAAGAGCAAGGCUCCAAACCCGAAUUUAUCACCCCUCUGGAAACCCAAAUCGUGCGGGAAGGUCAAAAGGCCAUCUUCCAGUGCGAAGUUAUCGGCGAGCCAAAACCAUCGGUCAUCUGGCAGAAAAACGGAAAGACCAUACGCGACAGUGAUGAAUACCGCUAUGUCGUUAAUGAAAACACCUACAAAUUGAUUAUUAAAGAGGCAUUCAUGGAGGAUGCUGGAGUCUUUGUCGCUUUGGCACGCAAUCCAGCCGGAAAGGCAACCAGUGACGCUGACCUGAUCGUUAAACAAGACAUUCCGGACAAAACGAGGAAUCAUGUUGUUCCCACGUUUGUCACUCCAUUAAAAAACCAAACCGUCACUGUUGGGCAGACGCUGACAUUACGUGUUAGAGCUUCAGGAUUUCCUAAUCCCACGAUUAAAUGGUGGCGCGGCGAAAAGGAGAUUCUUCCUGAUUCGAGAAUCUCCGUUUCGGACGAUGGUCAUGGCGGCUCGGUUUUGACCGUCAGGAAAGUUGUGAUGAAUGACGCUGAUUUGUACCGCUGUACAGCAACCAAUGCAGCGGGUGAAGCGUCUACAGAAUGCACCAUUACGGUCGAAGAGAAAACGGAAAUUGCUGGCCACGAAGCUCCUUAUUUUACGAAGAAACCCAGAGAGCAGACAGUCAACGAAGGCGAACCUCUGAAUCUGGAUUGUGCAUUUGUCGGAGUUCCUGCUCCAACGGUGAAAUGGUUUUUGAAUGAUCGAUUAAUUCAGUCACACAAAGACGUGACAAUUACCAGCGAUGCAACAACCUCCUCUCUGCAAAUCGCGGCUGCCAUGCCGGAAGAUUCCGGUGUUUAUACCGUCGAGAUAUCUAAUUCAGUCGGACAAGCUCGUUGUUUUGCUGCCAUCAACGUAGCACGGCUGCCGGUCAAACGGAAGCCGCAUGGCGUGGCGCCGCGAUUCGUCCGCCGCUUCACGGAUGCUGAAGCAUCCAGUGGAUACGACGUGCACUUUGAAUGUCAAGUGACCGGUGAGCCUAUGCCGACAAUUAAAUGGCUCUUCAACAAGGACGAGAUCACCGAAACCGGGUCGAAGUACGAAAUUGUGCACAAGGAAAGAAUCGGAUGGAGCCGGUUGCUUAUUCGUAACGUAACUAGAGAAAGUGUGGGUCAGUACACAGCGGUUGCUACGAAUGAAGAGGGCGAAGCGCAAUGCUCGGCGUACCUCAAUGUCGUUGAACCGAAGCCGACUGGUGACAGAGGGGAUACAUCCGGUCGACCUAAAGGAGAAAUUCGUGCUCCAGCCUUCGCCAAACCUCUUCGCGAUACAGAAGUGGUAGAAGGCGAAAAGGUUAAGUUAGACUGCAAACUGACCGAGCCCAUGGAGGUGGUAGUAAAAUGGUUCAAGGACGGUAUUGAACUGAGUGAAGGACCCAAAUACAGUAUCGAUGCCCACCCGGACGGUACGCUGGUCUUGCAAAUUAAGGAAUCCCGAAAGCGAGACGAAGGCCGAUACAGCUGCGUUGUCACUAACGAAGCUGGACGAGCCAAAACGAACUGUGAACUUAAGGUCACCGUGCCCAAAGAUGACGAUUCGCGUCGGGACGAUUCUGGCUUACGAGGACGGCGACGUGUUGCAGGUCCACCUUGGCCUUUGGCGUCAGCCCCUUGGAUCAGUAACCUCACCGGAAGUGGUUGUUUACUUUCUUGGAAGCCAUCCAUAACGGAUUCCACCGAAGCCACGCCCAUUACGUACAUAGUGGAAAUGUGCGAGGUCCCACGAAGCGACUGGCAUCCUAUUGCGCACGGCAUUCCUAAUACUGAAUACGAAAUCUUGGGAUUACUGAAACCCGAUAGGAACUACCAGUUCCGUAUCCGAGCAGAAAAUAAAUUUGGUGUCAGUGAUCCGUCACCAUAUGCUCGGACGGACCGAAAAUUACCGGCGCCUGACCAUGAACACUACGCAGUGAAACCAUCAGAUCGUAAAACAUUUGAGAAAGAACCCCGUGAAUACGAAGUCCAGCGUCCAGAACACGGUCUUUUUGGUGAAAAACCAAGAUUUUACCGUGAAAACAACGAUGUGCAAUUUGGACUGGAAGGAGAGACCGCCACAUUAGAAGUAUAUUGUUAUGGGUAUCCGCAGCCGAAAAUCACGUGGUACCUUCGGGGUGAAGAAAUUCGCUCUGGCGGUCGCUUUGCUAGUCGCUACGGUAGCAGCGGUCAAGUCCAGCUAUCCAUUGACAAACUGUCUUUCCGGGAUGUCGGAGAAUAUACGUGCCGAGCAGUGAAUGAACACGGAGAAGCCGAGAUCCAACUGCGGUUAGAAGUAGCAGACCCACCUGUUUUCAUUGAGUCGGUUGUGGAUGGCAUCUUCACAGUUGGUCAAGCAGCUCGACUAGACUGUCGGGUGGAUGGCACGCCCUUCCCGGAAGUGCGUUGGCUGAAAGACUGGCGUCCGAUUGCCCAGAGCUCCCGUGUGGAAAUGGUGACAACAGAAACCGGGCACUGUACAUUAAUCAUCCAUGAUGUCCGUGUAUUCGAUGGGGGCUUGUAUACCUGCGAAGCCAAGAAUAUUGGAGGCACUGCGCUAUGCUCAGCCAAUGUUCUGGUCGAGUCUCGGCCAGCCGCGACAGCCGCACCGUUCGAUAUACGAGUUCGACGUGUGCAUCUCAAGAAUAAGCGUGUCACCGAUUUCUACGACUUCUUUGACGAGAUUGGUCGCGGAACACAAGCGGUUGUGAAGAAGGCUGCCGAAAAGCUUUCCGGGCGCAAUUAUGCCGCAAAGAUUUCCUUUGCUCCGCCCAGAGAACGGCAGUGGUUGGAGAAUGAAAUGCAUAUAUUAAAUGAGCUGCAGCAUCCUAACAUAGUCCGCUUACAUGAUGGAUACGCUGGGAAUUCUUACGUUGUCCUUAUGCUGGAACUAGCAAAAGGUGGCGAAAUUAUCCCUCGCAUGGUGCAGAAUAAGACCUACGGCGAGGAUUACGUACGCAGCAUUAUUAAACAGAUGCUGCAGACGUUGGAAUACAUCCAUGAGAAGGGUUUUGCGCAUUUGGACUUGAAGCCGGAAGAUGUACUUUUCCAACAUCCUGGCUCGGAUAAGAUCCUUUUGGUGGAUUUUGGAUUGGCUCAGAAGAUUCCUCCAAGCGGUCAUGUGAUUUCCGAGUUCGGCACACCGGAAUUUGUAUGUCCCGAAAUUGCCACCCGAAUGCCGUGCGGAACACCAGCUGAUUUAUGGAGCACCGGUAUCAUUACAUACCUAUUACUGUCGGGUGUGUCACCUUUCCUUGGACCAACGGAUCGUGAUACACUGCUGAACGUUCAGCGAUGUGAAUGGGAUUUCAAUCAUCCAAUCUUUUCGCACAUUUCACCGGAGGGAAAAGAUUUCAUCUCAUCGCUGUUGAAAAAAGAGCCCACACGGCGGUUAACGGCCAAGGAGGCUCUAGAACAUCCGUGGUUUGGGUCUACAUCCAACGUGGACAUCAGUAGUCGUCCAUUGGAAGAUUACUGGGCUAAACGAAGGCAAAAGCUUGGACAGCAAGCGGUGGUCAAAUACGCCCGUCGCCGACCAUUGCAUAUGUGUCUGCAACAUCCUCAAGGCUUGCUGUACCCGCCUGACAUUGCGGAUGGAGUUAAUUUGGCUCACGAUAUGCGCGUGCGCGAGGGCAGUCCAGGAGCAAAAAGCCGCACUGAACGCGACGAUCACAGCCGCCGCUCGUCGGUUUCCGAAGACUUCCGUGACUACCAUUAUUCGUUCUUUGGUCAAAGCGAUUCGCACUAUCAAGUCGGACCCGAGACGGAAUUACUACAGCUGCGAGAUCCGGAUCUACCGGCCCGCAUUCGAGAAUACCGUCGUUUAGUGACGGAUCCAUCAGGUCAUGCCAGUUUCCGUGUAAAAGCUGAUAAUAAACUGUGGGGUCUGAAACCGGCAGUCAAGGAACGCCGGCGUAUGAUGGAGAUCAUGGAUGACGAAGGUUUCGGUCAAGCCCAGCAGCUGGCGGCGCGCAGGAAGCGCAAGCGCAUUUUAGCGGAACAAGACGAGGAAUACGCACCGUUCUUCCGCGAGAAACUCAAAGAUACUGCUUUCGCUGAGGGCAAACCCGUUACUUUGCGUACGGUGGUCAUCGGGUGCCCACAACCGGUAAUUCACUGGUAUCAUCAUGACAUUUUACUGGAAAACGGUCCGCACAUCCGAACCAUGUCCAAUGAAGACGGCACGUGCUUACUGACCCUGUCACCGGCUACCGGAGUGGAAGCCGGGGAAUAUAAGUGCGUAGCGCGAAACAAACUAGGAGAAGCAGUUUGCCGCGCUACCUUAAUGAUUGGAGUCGUCCCCGAUCAUCCUUCCUGGCCCGUUCUGGAGUACGUGAGCCCGAACGAAAUGACCCUUACCUGGGAACCACCGGAAUUCGACGGCAACGCCGAAAUAUUGGCCUAUAAACUCGAAUAUCGAGGCCGAGAAGAUGUUGCGUGGAAAGUUGUAUCCAGUGAUCUGCUACACGAAAACGUCGUGGUGCAAAACCUGCCCAGCUCAUAUUACCGGUUCCGUGUCGCUUGCCGAAAUAUGUUUGGAUGGAGCUCGUACAGUUUUUCGUCCAACGAAUAUCGCACGCUUGUCGCCGGUGAAUCGCCAAGAAUGAUUGAAGAGCCUCAUCCCAGCUCUGGCUUGAAAUGGCGGGAACGUGGAGCCGAACCGAAACCGGAAAAGCCGGUACGAUUGAUUAGCCUGAUGGAGAAAUAUCCGGCGUCUCUCUAUGAAGAUACAUCACCGGAAGACCAGUACGACUUCUACGAGGAAAUUUUCCGAGGAGAGUUUUGCAUUAUCCGGAAGUGUUUUGACCGGAAAAACCAGCGUUCGUUUGCCGCGAAGAUUAUUGAUAUCCAUGCACCGGAUGCACGACAAGAAUACGACAUUCUGAGUGGACUGAAGCACGAACGUAUCGUCGAACUGCAUGCGGCCUACACGUUCAACCAUGCCUUCGUACUAGUCGAAGAUCUUCUAGAUGGUUACGAUGUGUUGCAUUAUCUGUGCGAAAAACAAGUAUACACGGAAGAAGAUGUCGCACAGAUUACGCGACAAGUAUUGGAUGGGUUGCAGUAUUUGCAUUACGAUGGCAUCGCGCAUCUGAACCUACAACCAGAAAAUGUUGUCAGCAAAAGCAGAAGGAAACUGCUUAUCAGUUUGGUAGACUUUGGAGCUGCCAAGCGGCUGCCGGAAGAUGGCGCAGUUAUUAAACUGCCCACUGUUCCUCUGGAGUUUACACCGCCAGAAGUGCUGACCGAAAAAGCAACAACAGUCAGCGCUGAUAUAUGGGGUGUUGGUGUUCUUGUAUGGAUCAUGCUAAGCGGGACUCACCCAUUCUUGGGAGAAGAUGAUGAAGAAACGUACAAUAAUGUUUGUGGAGUGCGUUACCGUUCAGCAGAUCUGUACCGUGGUCUGUCGGUCGAAUCGACCAGAUUAUUAAUGCAAACGCUGAAAGUGCUGCCGGGAAAUCGUCUUUCUGUGGAUGAAUGUCUGGAGCAUCGGUGGAUUAUUCCCAACGAAAUUGCCAUCAAGAAGCGGGAAAAAUCUACCUUCCACUGCUAUCACCUGGAGCAAUACAGGAAGCAACGCAAUCGUCAUUUAACGCACCGCCAUUUAACCGAUCAAAGUCUACUUCGUGCCUUUAAUCCCAAGGGAUGAUUUUGGUUUUGGUGAUGCCGAGUAAAAUAUUUCUACUUUGUAUUAAUAUUCUCUACGAAUUUCACGUGUCUGCGUUAGUGCGUAUCGUUCCGUGAUCAGUGUUGAAUUUUGUUGUUGUGGUUCAAUAAUCUUAAUAUUUUUAGCUUUUCCUGUGGUACACAUCUUGACAAACAGAGCUACAGAUAGGGCGCUAAUUUUUGCACCGGUUGAUUCAAAGCUCUUUUAAAUUGACCCUUCGGAUAUUGAUGCCUGAAUUCAGUGGAGAUGUACCGGUAUCAGUUUCAGCGUUAUAUAAAAGUGAAGAUUUAAAAUGUAAGUUGAGAAUAACU